GAUUAUCGGACGACAGAAUAUCCUCAAGAGGAUCCUCAACAAGUCACUAUGCUCUCCGUACCAGCCCUGACGCUGCUUCUGGUCUCUUUCGCCUUCGCUGCACCGCAAGCCGAAGGGGGGGAGAUAUGUGCUCCAAUCGGUUGGCCCAAUCCGUGGACAGCGGAUUACGAUGAUUUGCCUUUCACCGAGCUGCCACCGACACCUGUAGGGACUUAUCGAGGACUGACAUACGAUUUGUUCUAUGUGAACACCGACGAGAAUCUCAUCGCUGAGGUAUCUCCGCCUAACCAUGCGAUUUCCUUCGACUGCACUAAGCCUCGCACCAUAUCAGUGGAAAAUCCUGGAGAAAGCUUUGACCUCCAGUCCCUAUAUGUCGCUUGCAGCAGCGGAUUUCCGCAGGACGACUGUCAUAUCAAGCUGCGUGGGAUCAAGAAGCGUGGUGGGCAUGUUGAGCGAAAGAUCAUCUAUCCGAAGUUGGAGAACCCGACCCCCUUUAAGAUGCUGAAGGUCGACUUUGGUGGGGGAUGGAAAGACUUGACGUCGCUGGAUUUCACCAGCGUCGAGAUUGACGGCACCUGCAACUAUACGGGGCUGAUGAUCGACAGUCUGACGUAUAAGAAGAAGAAAUGUAUCUGAGGAGAGACGCAUAUUAUCCUAAGUUGACGAGCAAUAACGGGAGGGCAG